AGAAGAAGCAGAAAUAUGAAUUCAUCCCUGACAAUUUCUCAUCAAUUGACCAGGUUACAAAAGCCUUGAGAGAUGGUGGGCUAGAAUCAUCUAAUCUCAUCAUUGGGAUUGACUUCACCAAAAGCAAUGAGUGGACAGGCAAGGUCUCAUUCAAUAAUCGGAGUCUGCAUGCACUUGGAGAUACACCAAAUCCAUAUGAGAAAGCCAUAUCUGUAAUAGGAAAGACUAUGGCACCCUUUGAUGAUGACAACUUGAUUCCUUGUUUCGGCUUUGGUGAUGUCACCACUGGUGAUCGGGAUGUGUUUAGUUUUCAUAGUGAUCGCUCUCCUUGCUAUGGUUUUGAGGAAGUCUUGGAUUGCUACAAAAAGAUAGUUCCAAACCUGCGACUUUCUGGGCCAACUUCUUACGCACCAGUAAUUGAUGCUGCAAUAGAUAUUGUGGAAAACAGCGGAGGCCAAUUUCAUGUGUUGGUUAUUAUUGCAGAUGGCCAGGUCACAAGAAGCGUUGAUACAGAUGAUAAAUCAUUGAGUCAACAAGAAGAAAAAACAAUAAGGUCAAUUGUUGAUGCAAGUUCAUAUCCACUGGCAAUUGUUCUUGUUGGUGUUGGUGAUGGACCUUGGGAAGACAUGAAGAAAUUUGAUGAUAAGAUUCCUACUCGUGACUUUGACAACUUUCAGUUUGUUAACUUCACUGAUAUCAUGUCCAAGAAUAAAACUCCAUCCGAGAAAGAAACUGCCUUUGCUCUUGCUGCCCUUAUGGAGAUCCCCGUUCAGUACAAAGCAACUAUUGAACUUGGCAUACUUGGACAUCGAACUGGAAGAGCAAAGAAAAUUGUUCCGCGCCCUCCUCCACUACCUUACACUCCAAGACCCCGUGCGCCGGAGCGUGUACCCACCAACAACAUGUCGGCACCUGUUUCGGAUGAUAGUACUAAGGAAUGCCCAAUCUGUCUGACAAAUGCCAAGGACAUGGCCUUCAACUGUGGACACAUGACUUGCGGAGAAUGUGGAUCAAAAAUAGACCACUGUCCAAUAUGUCGCCAGAGGAUCACCAAUCGACUGAGGGUCUUUGCUUGACGGCUGUUUGUACCUUUGCUGAGUCAAGCAUGCCUGAGUUGCCUCUGGCUUUGACACUUUUCCAGCAUGUACAUGCGUCUUUCUUCUAUCAAACUGAUCUGAUGCUUGUGUGCUUGUAUCUUUCUUCUAUCAAACUGAUCUGAUGCUUGUGUGCUUGUAUAUACCUGAAUUUGUACCUGUUGAUCUCUAAACUAAACUCGAUGUUUCCUGACUGUGUAAAGCAAUUUCCUACGCAGUACAUAAAUUCUCCUGUUAGAAUAGGGAAAUCCAAUGACAUUGUUUUGGACUGGCAAAAUGUGGAAUCAAGCCGAUAUGCUUAA